GAAGGAAUGCAAGUUUGUUCACAACUUCCACUCAGACCACAAUCUUGGUGUUCUAAAACAAUAUGGACUUGAGAAUUUAAACAGUGAUGAACUUCGCCAGCUUCUGCUUCAAAAUGACCCUUUCCUCUUACCAGAGGUCUGCUUGCAUUAUAACAAAGGUGAUGGACCUUAUGGAUCUUGUACCUAUAAAAAGAUCUGCACCAAACUGCAUGUUUGCCAGUACUUUUUGCGAGGACAGUGCAGAUUUGGCAGCAGCUGCAAGCGAUCCCAUGACUUACUAAAGUCAGAAUGUUAUGAGAAACUGGAGAGACAGGGAAUGAGCUCAAACAUUAUUGAGAAACUACCCUCCAUUUAUAGGAAUAUGUAUGACAUAAAAAAUGGUGACGGGAACAUGUAUGACAUAGAAGAUGCCAAGUCUUCACCAUGCAAAGAGAGAAAACACAGCUCUAGCCAAGUGUCCUCAACUACAAAUGAUGAUGAAUUGGAAGAGAUCUGUUUAUAUAAUCUGUACAGAAGUUGUGGCUUUAAAGACAAGUGUAUCAGAACUCAUUUUCACUUGCCAUAUAGAUGGCAGAUCGCUGAUGGUAAUACCUGGAAGGACUUCAAGAAUAUGGAAGAAAUAGAAAAAGCAUAUUGUGACCCCAGUAAUACCAGAUUUAGUAAUGGCAUUGCUGAAAGUGGCUCUGUCUUGUCAUGUAUCGGUUUUUUGAAUAUGUGCUGUGGGUUUGCAAACGUUAGACGUCUUUCUACAGCCUCUUCUGUGACCAAACCCCCUCACUUCAUUCUUACAACAGAAUGGAUCUGGUACUGGAAAGAUGAAUAUGGCCUGUGGCAGGAGUAUGGCAAAGAAGAUGUUGAUCAUGUAGCUGCCACUGUCUCCAGUGAGGACCUGGAGAAAGCUUAUGUAGCCAAGGGUUCUCCAAAGCUGAACUUCAAAGCUGGAAGACAUGAAUAUGAACUCAAUUUUGGAGCCAUGAUUCAGAAAAACCUUCGCUACAAAACAGAGAGAGAGAUUUGCAGAAGACCUAAAUUUGUCUCUCAGACAGAGGUAGAAAAGGCAAGAGCAAGGAGCUUUAAACAUAUAGAAGCAUUUAAGGGCAUUCCAGCUCACUGGGACAAAUCUGCCAUGCCUGAAGUGGGAUUCAAGCUGAUUGAGCUUGACAGUUCUGCUGAAGAAUACAAGAAAGUCAAGGUGGACUUUCAACGCACAAUGCCCAAAACAAUUAUUAAAAGGAUUCAUAGAGUUCAGAACCCAUCCCUCUGGGAACUGUAUCAAUGGCAGAAGGAACAAAUGCAGAAGAGCAAUGGUAGAAAGACUGUGGAUGAGCGAUUUUUAUUUCAUGGGACCAGUAAAAAAUACAUUGAUGCCAUCUGUCAGCAAAACUUUGACUGGAGGAUCUGUGGCCUUCAUGGGACAGUCUACGGCAAAGGAAGCUAUUUUGCAAGGGAUGCGUCUUACUCUGACAACUACUGCAGGGAAGACUCGUACACCAAGACCAUGUUUCUGGCACGGGUGCUGGUGGGGGAGUUCACUCUUGGUAAUUCUUCUUAUGUUCGGCCUCCCUUGAAGGACAACGGAAACUUCUACGACAGUUGUGUGAAUAGCUGUUCAAACCCUUCUAUCUUUGUCGUCUUUGAGAAACAGCAGAUUUAUCCAGAGUAUCUCAUAGUAUAUACUGACCAGGUGUUGGCAAAAAUGCUAUAG